AUGAAAGAGAACUUUGAAACUUGUACACCAACUAAAGAGAACUAUGAAACUUGUACACCAACUAAAGAGAACUAUGAAACUUGUACACCAACUAAAGAGAACUUUGAAACUUGUACACCAAUGAAAGAGAACUUUGAAACUUGUACACCAACUAAAGAGAACUAUGAAACUUGUACACCAAUGAAAGAGAACUUUGAAACUUGUACACCAAUGAAAGAGAACUUUGAAACUUGUACACCAACUAAAGAGAACUAUGAAACUUGUACACCAACUAAAGAGAACUUUGAAACUUGUACACCAAUGAAAGAGAACUUUGAAACUUGUACACCAACUAAAGAGAACUAUGAAACUUGUACACCAACUAAAGAGAACUUUGAAACUUGUACACCAAUGAAAGAGAACUUUGAAACUUGUACACCAACUAAAGAGAACUAUGAAACUUGUACACCAACUAAAGAGAACUAUGAAACUUGUACACCAACUAAAGAGAACUUUGAAACUUGUACACCAAUGAAAGAGAACUUUGAAACUUGUACACCAACUAAAGAGAACUAUGAAACUUGUACACCAACUAAAGAGAACUUUGAAACUUGUACACCAAUGAAAGAGAACUUUGAAACUUGUACACCAACUAAAGAGAACUAUGAAACUUGUACACCAAUGAAAGAGAACUUUGAAACUUGUACACCAACUAAAGAGAACUUUGAAACUUGUACACCAACGAAAGAGAACUAUCAUCUACAAUUUUACUACCAGACAAGUGCCAAGAGUAUGUUGACACGAUUAGAGUUUUAUUUCUUAUAG